AUUCUGUGCAGGUAAAAAGUAAAAAAAUGGGUAGAUCGUAUUAAGAUGUCCUUCUAAGAACGCAUGGAAUACUAGACCUCGCGUCCUUCUAGUUCUACUUUGCCCGAUAUCAAAGAUUAUAGAUCACCAAGGCCAUGGCCAUGGCUGGCAAUACCGCCGGAGUUGCGUGCUCACCUUCAUCUGGCCAGGCAGCUCCUGGUACAACUGCUACGUCGGGCGGUCCGUCAGACAACCGCAUGAUCAUACCCGACGUGCUGCACAACAGCACCACAACCUCUCAUCAAAUCGAUGUUGUACGUCCACCGACCAUGCACGAGGUGGAGCUCGCGGCACUUUACUGGCGCGACGUCUUGGGGUUCCAGCAGCUUUUCUCCAUCGACGAGGAAAUGCAGGAAACCUGGCCGUGGAUGGAGGUUAUCGCGAAAAACCACUGUCGCAAGGUGCCGGCUAUCAAAUGUAAAAAUGUCUGGGUCUGGAAGAUUCUGAGACUUGUCAUGCACGUUCUGCAUGGGCCAUGAUUGAUGUCUGUGAUGCAUGCCCUAGCAUUACAGACUUUUUGAGGGCUUCGCGAUGUCUAUUCUGCAUGACAAAUGCCCUCUCCGCGUAGCCAAAACUGCGUUCCCUUUGCUGCUUAUGCAAUACAGAUAUUUUUGGAAUCCAAAUGCAGCAUCACAAGUUCGGAUUCUUCCAGACCCAGACAUAUUUGCAAUGCAUACCGGCACGAGAACUACAAGGUCGAGGGAUUGUCGUCGCAGCGUUUGAAUUCUUCGUCGUGGCCUGCGUGAUCGCUAUCCCACGAAAAAACUGUUUCACUGUGAACUUGUGAUGCAUGGAAUGGAACACAAAACUAUUUGUCUUGCUACACAUGCAAGACAUUGGGUUUUGAAGGGUGUUUUCCCUUGGGAAGUGCGCAUCGCAAAUUUUCUGCGCCAUGUGUAACAAACUUGUGAUGCAGAUCUUGCAAAAUCAUCACAGUGAAGCAGUUUUUUCCUGCGAUAAUCGCGGUUGCGAAAAUAACAGAGGAAAAACAGGAACUACCCACAGCCGCCAAGAACUACAACAGAAGCGAGGAACAUGAACAGGAUGUAAUCAUGGCGGGUGGACAUAGAGCACUACAUCAGGCACACGGGAGAAAUGUGACCUCAACCACAAUGACAACUAACAGCGAUGAAAUGGCGACGAAGCUCUGCGACGAGGCUUUGUGCCGCCGGAAGGCCGAUUUCCUGUGCUGGUUUUAUUUCACGGGGGAGAACGGCUUCUUGUCUAAAACCGAGGCGGAAAUUUUGAUUCAAACACUAGUCGGAGUGGCGAAGAAAGUGAAGCUUCGCGCCGCGGCGAAGGUGACAAAACAGGACAGGAAAUCUCCUGCAACUGCUUCCUCUGGAGCAGCAGGAUCUGGUGCUACAAGUGUCGUGUCUUCUUCCGCCAGACCGGGCAGUAGAACGAAGUCGCUGGUUAACAAUCUGUGGAUGAUGUUCAAUUUGGAGGACGAGGACGAUCAUGAAGUACAUGUGGCGUGCGUGAGAAGUAGUAGUACAGAACUAGAAUCUAGUUCGCGGCCGGAACUACAUGUUGACGAGGAGAAGAGUGCCGGUGUCCUGUCGCAUCAAAAGAAAAUUAAAUGUUCCGUUUCCCCGUUGCAGUUUGCCGAGUGGGCUUGGCGAAACCAAGAAGCGAGGAGGAUGUUUUUGGAAAGUCCGGUGGAAUUUGCGAAAACACAUAGCUAGGGACAAUAACGACGAUCGCAACUAAGAGAUGAUUGAAGAAGAGCUGGGCGUCGACGUGUAAAACGAUAGCGAUGCAGCAGGAGUGUCGUCAUAAUUUCUUUGUAAAAGCGAAACGGAAAGUCUAUAAAAAAUAUGAAAGAUUCUGACUCCCGCUUUCUGCGAAAUGCACUUGCUUCGCAUUAGCUAGGCAUGUAGUAGAAUCUUCGCAAAGAAGCAAGACGAACACGACCAGAUAGAGUUAGAGACCGAGUAAGUCCGGAGACACGACUUCACUUUGUUGACGAAGACACAGAUGAAAUCGAAAUAGCAAAAUGUUGUCCUUCUUCCUGUUUGUGCGUGAUAUAAGAUAAAAAAAAAUUUCUGCGCACAAACAGGUGCCCCGUAUUUGUUCACCAGGUUGCGCCGGGCUUGCUGCAGACUGUUUCGUCGAGGAUAGUGUGAUGUU